AUGGGUGGCAUGGACGUAGCAGAGAAGGAUGCAGUGCAGAGUGGUGGCAGCGCAAGUGGCAGGGGCAGUGGCAGCAACUGUGGCAGCGGUGGCAGCGGCAGUGGCAAGAGCACAUGGGCUAGGAGAAGGCCAAACCUCCGGGAUCACUGUGGCAGCAGCGGUAACUUUGCUGCGUCCCUCCCUAAUUCCACCUCCGCCCUUGAUGCCCCACCACCGCUUCCCCAAUUUGCUGCACCCGCCCCUUUCCCUCAGCCUUCUGCAGGCUCUGCUCCUACUGCUGCCACUCGUGACCUGGGUGCUGGUGCCUCUGCUGCUGGUGCUGCUGGUAACCGUGUUACUGCUGCUACUCGUGCCGCUGCUGCUGGUGGUGAUGGUUCUGCUGCUAGUGCUGGGAGGUUGCAGGAGUGCAGUACAGUGUGGAGCGGUCCAGUCAGUCUGAUAGAGUGGAGCACGAGUGACGUGUGCUCGUGGCUCAUCCACUCUGUUGGCUUCCCAGAUGGCAGUGGGCGAGAGUACGCACGGGACUUUGACCAGCAUCAGGUGGACGGCCUCUCACUCGCCAGCAUCACACACUCCCACCCGGCCCUUGCCAGACUCAUGCACUCUCCCCUCUUUCCCCCCUCUCCCUUCUUCCUCCCUCCCCUCCCCCAGAAUAUGCACGGGACUUCGACCAGCACCAGGUGGACGGUCUCUCACUCGUUGGCAUCACAUCACACACUCCCACCCCUUUCUUCCCCCCCUUCUUCCUCCCUUUUUCCUCCAGAGUACGCACGGGAUUUCGACCAGCAUCAGGUGGACGGCCUCUCGCUUGUCGGCAUCACACACUCCCACCCGGCCCUUGCUCGCAUGCGAUUGGCCGAUUACACCCUCUUCGAAUCGCACCUCCACCAGCUGGUUACCGCCGAGGCCGCUGCCCCUCCUGCCCCACACCACCCACCUCCACCGCUCUCAACCGUUGACUUCUCAGUAUCUACCGCGCCUGCCACAGCUGCUGCUGGUGGAAGUGCGGUGCUGAGUGGUGGUGGUGCUGCUGCAAACAGCAGGGUUGGAGUGGGUGCAGUGCGCCACAACUUUCGCCACCGUCGUACCAGCAGCAUUGGCGCCUCAAUCAUAUCAGAUCUCCUGCAGAAAAGGACAAAUACCGCCGGUGGGGCAGGGGAAGGUCGGGCGGCGGCAGUGCAGUCUCUUGCCGCCCGGAUAAGCAGGCAGGGGAGCGGGGUGGCCGGGGCUGUGGGCGGGUGGUUUGCUGGUUGGGGAAGCAGGCAGGAGGGGCAGCAGGAGGCUGAGGAAGAGGGGGAGAGGGCACAGGCUCUGGAAGAGAAGGAAGAGAGGAGAAGACACAGCAAGGGAGAGGAGGAGGGAGAGGAGGGAGAAGAGGGAGAAAGGGAGGAGGAUGGAGAGGAAGGAGAUGAGGAGGGGGAGGUGGUGGCGGCGUUGGUGGAGGAGGUGGUGUGUCUGCGAGGCGAGGUGACAGCAGCAGAGGAGAGGGAGUGCACUGUCAAAGCACAGCUGUGUCACCUGGACGACCUGCUGAAGGAGUCUCUACUCGUGGAGUAUCUGCCAACCAGAACGGUAAGCAGCAGGCACGCACGCACUGCUUUCGCUCUUCUAUUCUCCAUCCAUCUGACGGUAAGCAGCAGGCAUGUCUCUUUCCCUUCCUACUCUUUCUCUUCCACUCCACAUACUCUCCUGUACCCGCAAAUCCCCAUCAACCCUCCUCCCCCUUUCCUUCCUCCCUCCCUUUUUCACAUGUUCCCCCUUCCUCCCUUCUUCCUGUUCCCCCUUUCCCCUCUCCCUCCUUGCUUCCCCUCCUCCCAGAAAUGGGCGUCCACCCCCAACGACCCACCUACUCUCAACCCCAGCAACACCACAGAAGAGGACGAGUGGGUGCCGCGCUUCGUGACACUCACACCCACCGACAUCGCCUGCUACCUGCACGCCACCGACCUGCACCCGCAGAUCACCCUCCCCGUCGCCUCCAUCGCCUCUGCUGGCACCCUCCGCAUGGCGCCUGCACCUCCGGCUGUAGCACCGGCUGCAGCAAAGGAGACAUCAGCGGCUGUAGCGUCUUCUGUAGCACCGGAUGUAGCAGCGCCAUUAUCAUCAUCAUCGUCGUCAGCAUCAUCAUCGGAGGAGUGGUUUGCGUUCCAUGUCACAACCAGCUACGGGUUCAAGCUGGAGUGCGCCACUCGUAGCUGUGCCAAGGAAUCCGACGACUCAGCACACGUGUCAGACUCAGAACCCAGAAAGGCAGACACCUUUCCUUAUCUUGUAACGGUCGUCACGGUGGGUGCAGAGUCUGCAACGUCAUCAUCGCUCCCUACAACCCCCCCAGCGUCACCUCCAGCGUCCCUCGCAGCCUUCCUCCCCGCCGCCGGACGGCUGCCUGUCACUUCCUCAGGUCGUGCCACUCCGUCGGUGAAGGGAAAGGUGUUUCUGCGCUAUGUGGCCAGGCUCACUCCCCCUCGUAGCAACGGAAAAGUGGUUGGCGACCGAGGAGCAACUGGAAAAGUGAUUAUGAAGGGAAUGAAGUAA